GGCCACGUGCUCGAGGAGCUAGGCCCAGCGCCUAGCGAACCCGAGGGCGUGAGCCAGGCGCUGCGCCGAGCCUUCUUGAAUGCCGACGAGCGACUCCGCUCGCUCUGGCCCCGUGGCGAACCCGGCGGCUCCACUGCGGUCGUGUUGCUGGUCUCCCCCGCGCUUUCUAUACCUGGCGCACUGCGGUGACUCGCGCGCGGUGCUGAGCCGCGCCGGCGCCGUGGCCUUCAGCACCCAAGACCACCGGCCCCUCCGGCCGCGGGAACGCGAGCGCAUCUACAACGGGGGCGGCACCAUCCGUCGCCGUCGCGUCGAGGGCUCUCUGGCAGUGUCUCGAGCACUAGGCGAUUUUGCUAACAAAGCGGCUCCGGGGAGGCCCCCCGAACUGCAGCUAAUUUCCGCGGAGCCUGAAGUGGCUGCCCUGGCACGCCAGACUGAGGACGAAUUCGUGCUCCUGGCCUCUGACAGCGUGUGGGACGUUACGUCUGGUGCUGCCCUGGUGGGACUGGUGGCAUCGCGCCUCCGUUUGGACCUGGCCCCAGAGCUUCUCUGCGCGCAGCUGUUGGACACGUGUCUGUGCCAGGGCAGCCUGGACAACAUGACCUGCAUCGUGGUUUGCUUCCCAGGGGCUCCCAGGGCUUGUGAGGAGGCCAUCAGGAGGGAGCAUGCGCUGGAUACAGCCCUGGGCUGCAGAGUAGCUGAGCUGUGUGUCUCUGCUCAGGAGCCCCCCAGUCUGAACACAGUUUUCAGGACUCUGGCCUCGGAGGACAUCCUGGAUUUGCCUCCUGGGGGAGGACUGCACUGCAACUCUUCCAGGCCUCAGAAGAAUGUUGGGAGCGAGACCGUUAUCUGUUCGAGCCGGGCGACGGUGAUGCUCUAUGAUGAUGGCAACAAGCGGUGGCUGCCUGCCGGCACGGGUCCCCAGACCUUCAGCCGUGUGCAGAUCUACCACAACCCCACGGCCAAUUCCUUCCGGGUUGUCGGACGCAAGAUGCAGCCUGACCAGCAGGUGGUCAUCAACUGUGCCAUCGUCCGGGGUGUGAAGUAUAAUCAGGCCACCCCCAACUUCCAUCAGUGGCGGGAUGCCCGCCAGGUCUGGGGCCUCAACUUCGGCAGCAAGGAGGACGCAGCGCAGUUUGCUGCCGGCAUGGCCAGCGCCCUGGAGGCCUUGGAAGGAGGUGGGCCUCCUGCACCCCCAGCACCGCCGGCCUGGUCCAUCCAGAACGGCCCCUCCCCGGAGGAGGUGGAGCAGCAGAAAAGGCAGCAGCCCAGCCAGCCUGAGUAUAUGGAGCGGGAACGCCGGGUCUCCAACGCAGGAGGCCCACCUGUUCCCCCCAUGGGGGGACCACCCCCACCUCCAGGACCUCCCCCUCCUCCGGGCCCUCCCCCACCCCCAGGCCUGCCCCCUUCAGGGGUCUCGGCUGCAGGACAUGGUGCAGGGGGAGGCCCUCCCCCUGCACCCCCUCUCCCUGCAGCACAAGGCCCCAGUGGUGGGGGAGCUGGAGCCCCUGGCCUGGCUGCAGCCAUUGCCGGAGCCAAACUCAGGAAAGUCAGCAAGGAGGAGGCCUCAGGAGGGCCCUUGGCCGCCAAAGCUGAGAGCACCCGAAGCACAGGUGGGGGGCUCAUGGAGGAGAUGAAUGCCAUGCUGGCCCGGAGAAGGAAAGCCACACAGGUUGGGGAGAAACCCCCCAAGGAAGAAUCUGCCAGUCAGGAGGAGCCAGAGGCCAGAGUCCCAGCCCAGAGUGAACCUGUGCGGAGACCCUGGGAGAAGAACAGCACAACCUUGCCAAGGAUGAAGUCCUCAUCUUCCAUCACUGCUUCUGAGGCCCAGGCUUCUACGCACAGCUCUGGGGAAGAGUCAGACCUGGAGAAGGUGAAGCAGGAGCUUCUGGAAGAGGUGAGGAAGGAAUUACAGAAGGUCAAAGAGGAGAUAAUUGAAGCUUUUGUCCAGGAGCUAAGGAAACGGGGUUCCCCCUGACCACAGGGACCCAAAUGACCUGUUUCUCUUUCUGCACACCCGGCCUGUCACCCUGCUUUCCCUGCCUCUACUUGACAUGGAAUUGGCUGAAGAUUACACAGGAAUGCAUCUUCCCCCUCCGGAUCCCACUUGGAAAAUUCCAAGGGGGUGUGGCUUCCCUGGCACCGUGCCCACACCCUUACUGGCUGCUGAUUGAUGAGCUGGGGAGGCCCCCACCCUUUGCUCCCUUUGGUCCUUCCCCUCUGCCAUCCCCUUGGGGCUGGUUCCUCUGUUGGGGAUGUACCAAUUAACCCCACAGUAAGGGGGAAGGAAGGAGGGAAUUUCACAUUCCCUUGUUCUAGAUUCACUUUAAUGCUUAAUGCCUUCGAAUCAUUUUGUUGUUUUUUUUUUUAAAGGAAAAAAAUAUAUUAUAUAUAUAUUUGGGUUUGGGAGGAAAGGGAAAUUUUUUUUUCCUUUUUGGUUUUGAUAAAACGGGGUGUGGGAGUUUUUAAAUGCUAUAGCCCCAGGCUAGCCCAUUUGGGGCAGCUAUUUUAGGGUGGGUGUCUCACCAGACUGGGGUGCUCCCCCACCCCGGGACCCCCCCUUCCCUCGAGCUCCUUCCCUUUUCUAUGAGGAAUUAAGAUGCUGUAACUUUUUGAAACCUCAGUUUUUGGUUUUUUUAUUUGGAUAGGUUUUGGGGUCCAGACCAUUUUUACCCCCUGGGGAAUAAGGGAGGGAGAAGGGAGGAACCUCCCCCUUUACCUCCAGCUUCUUGAGAAUGGGCCCUUGUGGAAUAAAUCUGCAGUUUUUAUAA